GAAGGUGAAACCGAGGACCGGGGUGUUUGUGGCGGUGGUGCCAUGGUACACGGAGUUGGCGGAAACCUACGACGGAAAAGACAUCAAUCAACAUCUGGCGGGAUUUGGCGCACAAGAGCUAGGAAAUUUGAUGACAAAAGCAGGGUUUUCCGUGUCGGGGGAGGAAUGCCACUCCUACCACCGGGAGUGGCCAAGCAAUUACCAAUUCUGGUAUUCUUGUUGGUUCUUACACUGUUGGAGCCUCCUGGAAGAUGAAACUCAUCCUACAAUUCACUUUGCUCAUCUCGUCCACGUUGGGGAAACAAAGCACAGCCAUACUAGAGCAACUUCUUCAGUCAUUUCCCACUGAUAUUGAAUCAAAACAAAGGUUUAACGCGCUUCCGGAGUGGGCAUGGCUGGCCGUGCAGUCGUGGUGGAGUGAUUGGUUCGGCAACGGCUCCGUCGAAACGAGAUGCGUAGGAAGAAAGAUGUGAGUUUUUGAGGAAAGGAGUCCACCAAAUUGCGGACCUACGACAUCUCAAUAACAUAUGACAAAUACUACCAAACUCACCAAGGCUAUGGCUCUUCGGGUAUUAAGACUUCGACGAGUCCUGCGUUUUUCUUUUGAAUUGCGUGGCUUGAUAUUAAUUAUGAGAUUGGAGGAGUUCGAU